AACCUCGAACGCUUUCCCAUUCGCUCCAUUUCUAGGUUUUCUUUGCUGCUCUCGAGGAGAUGGAGAUGAUCUCCAGGGGCUUCAAGAUUGCCGUCUCCGUCGCGGCGAUCUACGCAGCCCAAAACAGCCUCUACAACGUCGAGGGUGGCCACCGUGCUAUCGUCUUCAACCGCAUUCAAGGGAUCAAGGACGAGGUUUACCCAGAAGGAACUCACUUCAGGAUCCCCUGGUUUGAGAGAACAACAAUUUUUGAUGUCCGUGCUCGGCCUCAUUUUGUGGAAAGUACUUCUGGAAGUCGUGAUCUUCAAAUGGUGAAAAUUGGCCUCCGAGUUCUCACACGACCUAUUCCAGACCAGUUACCUACAAUUUAUCGGACACUGGGGAAGAAUUAUGACAAGAGAGUGCUUCCUUCAAUCAUUCAUGAAACUCUGAAAGCUGUUGUCGCCCAGUAUAAUGCCAGCCAGCUCAUAACUCAAAGAGAGGCUGUGAGCAGGGAGAUACGCAGGGUAUUGACAGAGAGGGCAAGGAACUUCAACAUUGAACUUGAUGAUGUAUCCAUUACCACCCUGAGCUUUGGAAAGGAGUUCACCCUUGCAAUUGAAGCCAAACAAGUGGCUGCACAAGAUGCUGAGAGAGCCAAAUUUAUCGUUGAGAAAGCGGAGCAAGAUAAGAGAAGUGCUAUUAUCAGAGCUCAGGGAGAGGCUAAGAGUGCGCAACUGAUUGGCCAAGCAAUUGCAAACAAUCCGGCAUUUCUCGUUCUGAGGCAGAUAGAAGCUGCAAGGGAAAUUGCGCAAACAAUCGCAAACUCAUCCAAUCGCGUGUACUUGAAGUCUGAUGAUCUGCUGCUAAACCUUCAACAACUUGAUUUUGAGAACCAAAAAAAGAAAUGAAGAAAUUAUGAGCUGACCGGUCCAGUUUGCUGCAACAGCAUGAGCACUUUUCUGUUGAAAUUUCAGAUCUAAUUGUUUUUUUGUUCUUAAUUUGGAAUUUGAAUCAUGUUAAGUGAAUUCUGAAUUCUGAAUUCUGGGAUUUUAUUAGCAAUGACAUACACAAAUGCAA